CUGAAGAAGACCAUUUCCCUUCCGGUGAGAGCUGUGACUCCAGCAGCUGAUUAUCCAACCGGUCAUGUCGGAGAAAGGAGCAGAAGAGUCCGCUAAAGCCUCACCAUCGUCGGGAGAGAAGCAGCUGCCUCGCCGCAAACAGGAGCUGGACUACUGGAAGAGGAACGCAGCGCGCCUGCGCACAAGGAACCUGGGCACCGGCCUGCUGAUAGGCGCGUUUGUUGUCGGCAUGUUCAGCUACACCAUCCUGUCCGUCAAACAGGGGCGAGUCCUGGAGGAGCUGGACGACGAGGCCAGAGUCCACAUCAUGAGAGGGCCUCGCACCGGAGCCAACUCCUGAUCCAACCCCUGAUCAACUCCUGAUCAACCCCUGAUCAACUCCUAAUCAACUCCUGAUCCAACAUCCAACUCCUGAUCCAACCCCUGAUCAACUCCUAAUCAACUCCUGAUCCAACAUCCAACUCCUGAUCCAACCCCUGAUCAACUCCUGAUCAACCCCUGAUCCAACUCCUGAUCAACUCCUGAUCCAACAUCCAACUCCUGAUCAACUCCUGAUCCAACAUCCAACUCCUGAUCCAACUCCUCAUCCAACAUCCAACUCCUGAUCAACUCCCGAUCCAACUCCUGAUCCAACAUUCAACCACUGAUCCAACUCCUAAUCAACUCCUGAUCCAUCAUCCAACUCCUGAUCCAACAUCCAACCCCUGAUCAACUCCUCAUCCAACAUCCAACUCCUGAUCAACUCCCGAUCCAACUCCUGAUCCAACAUCCAACCACUGAUCCAACUCCUGAUCCAACAUCCAACUCCCGAUCCAACUCCUUAUCCAACAUCCAACUCCUGAUCAACUCCCGAUCCAACUCCUGAUCCAACUCCCGAUCCAACUCCCUAUCCAACUCCUGAUUCAACCCCUGAUCCAACAUCCAACUCCCGAUCCAACUCCUGAUCCAACAUCCAACUCCCGAUCCAACUCCUGAUUCAACCCCUGAUCCAACAUCCAACUCCCGAUCCAACUCCUGAUCCAACAUCCAACUCCCGAUCCAACUCCCGAUCCAACUCCCUAUCCAACUCCUGAUUCAACCCCUGAUCCAACAUCCAACUCCCGAUCCAACUCCUGAUCCAACCCCUGAUCAACUCCUGAUCCAACAUCCAACUCCUGAUCAACUCCCGAUCCAACUCCCGAUCCAACUCCUGAUCCAACUCCUGAUCAACUCCUGAUCCAACAUCCAACUCCCGAUCCAACUCCUGAUCCAACAUCCAACUCCCGAUCCAACUCCUGAUCCAACGCCCGAUCCAACUCCUGAUCCAACAUCCAACUCCCGAUCCAACUCCUGAUCCAACGCCCGAUCCAACUCCUGAUCCAACAUCCAACUCCCGAUCCAACAUCCAACUCCCGAUCCAACUCCUGAUCCAACUCCCGAUCCAUCUCCCGAUCCAACUCCUGAUCCAACUCCAGGUCCAACCCCUGAUCCAACAUCCAACUCCUGAUCCAACUCCCGGUCCAACUCCUGAUCCAACAUCCAACUCCCGAUCCAACUCCUGAUCCAACUCCCGAUCCAACCCCUGAUCCAACAUCCAACUCCUGAUCCAACUCCCGAUCCAACUCCCGAUCCAACAUCCAACUCCCGAUCCAACCCCUGAUCCAACAUCCAACUCCUGAUCCAACUCCUGAUCCAACUCCCGAUCCAACAUCCAACUCCUGAUCCAACUCCCGAUGCAACUCCCGAUCCAACUCCUGAUCCAACUCCUGAUCCAACUCCUGAUCCAACUCCCGAUCCAACAUCCAACUCCCGAUCCAACAUCCAACUCCCGAUCCAACUCCUCAGCCAUCUGGAACCAAGGCCUACACCUAACUUUCCCCACAUCCCAGCCCCAGGCCUACCCAUGAAGCUCAGUGCAAGUUAUUUCACUCCGCAGCUGCAUAUAAUCAGCUCAUCAACAUUUUCCUCAGUGGGGAAAAGUCACUGACACAAGCACUGCAGGUUCCUCAAGUUCUCAUCAGAGAGCAGGAAUAUACACUUUGCUGAGCAGCUCAAUCUAAUCUAUAAACAACCUAUUUCAAAAGUGAAUUUAAAUGAGGUCCAAUUUAAACAUUGAAUAUCAUGUAUUUGUACGUUAUCACUGUUUGUCACCUGAGUCAAUAAUCAUGCAUGCAGCAAAAUACAAUACCCCCCUUCUCAUGUUACCGUAAGUUAUUGCGAUGAUUUUGACGAAUAUUGCAAUUGUGAUAUCAAUGACGUUCUUAGAGAGACGGACCAUUGUUGAACAUUGUUCUCAUUGUAAUAUAAAAAUAUAUUAUAUAUUAACCAAUGUGUUAUGUUGAUGUUUAACCCGUUGGUACUGUUUAGGUUCGGAUAAAAAUAAAAACAGUAAAUUCACCUUCCUUAA